AUGAAAAAUGAUAACGCAGUAGUUUACAAGAACAAUACUUGGAGCAUAUACAACAACAAGCCCAACGCCCCUGGGAAUAAGAAAAAAAGCCGAGUGGAAUACCUGACACAGUUAGGGAAGGGACAACUGUUUGACGAAGCGGCGAACGAAAAUGAGAGUAAGCAAAGCGAAGUCACGGACAUGUACAUCUACACAGGCAAGGGUGUAGAAAAGGUGUCAAUAAACACAGCGACGACAGAGAAAAAAAACGAAAUAAACAAAAAUAAACGUUAUCAGUAUUUAAAGGACAAAAUAACGAAUGCAUUAAAAAAUCAGGAAAAGAUAAAACAGAAUACCAAUGAGAAUGAGUUUCCAAGUGCUAGCGAAAAUGAUCCCACAGAUGUCUUCAUUUUUGAUAAACUUAAAAAUGAAAUAAACAUUUUGAACAGCAAGGGGCUAAAUGAAGAGGAGUACAAAAAGGGAACAUAUGAUCCCACAGUGGAUAGCCAUCCUGUGGAGGGGUCAUCAUUUCCUCAUACAGAUGGACGUACAACAGAAGAUAUUUUUCCUGGUGCAGAUGUGCAUGUAGAAGCAACUUCUUUUGUCACGUCCAACAAUGUAGGAGAAGAUUUCGGUUAUGUAAGAGACGACGUGGGGAUUCCACCUGAUCAAGGCGGGUACCACCAUGAGGAUGAAAAUAGAGAGGAUGAGGAACCUUUGUACAAAAAAGACGAACGUGAGCUUGCGAUCCAAUCGGAGGAUCACACCCACAUUGACGAUGAUAAAAGGGGAACUCCAAAUGAGGCAGAACCCAAAGAGGAAGCAUCCAUCAAACCGAAUGGUGAGUUUUUCAUCUAUACGGAAAAAUGUAGUGACAUCAGCAGCGAAUCGGAUGAUGAAAUUUAUUCUGAGUCCGAAGUGGAUCCCCCCAAAUGGGAAAGCCAACCCGAAAGGGGAAACUUCAUGUCGCGUUUGGACAACCAAACGAGGGAUAUAAAAAACAGGGCAAACUUCCAAAGAGAAAAUUUUGUAAAAAAGUGUAAAAACGGGACACAGGCGGUGUACAAAAGAGGGGUAUACGAAGGAGGAUCGCCGCAAAGACAAUCCCUCCAAAGAGGCUGGUAUGAAAAAGGCCUCUAUGAGAACAGCUGGAGCGAGGAAAGCCAAGGGGAAUACAGCUCGUACAAGGACCCACCGAGAAAACAUGUGGCAAAUGCCCAUCCACGCGAAGAACUCCACAGUGUGCAAAAACAAAUGCACCAACUCAACAUGCAAAUUAACAAUGUAAAGGAUAAAAUGAACAUAAUCAACACUAAGAAAAACGGAAUAAUAAACGUGUUGAAUAAAAAAAUUAAUAUUUUGAAAAACAAACUGAGCGAUAACUACGUCAAUAAUAUAAACGAUGACAUAAAUAUUGUCAACAGUCAAAUCGACAUUUUAUUUAUAAAAAAAAUUAACAAAAUGUACAAACAGGUAGAUUCCUACGUGAAAAAUAUAAACGAUCAGAUAGGGAAAAAUUUGUCCACCCAUAGAACCCUGGAAGACAAUAUAGAUUCCGCCCUGUACAGCCACAUACAAAGACAAAUAAGCAACAUAAAGGUCCAAGUAAGGAAUUUACAUGACCAGUUGAAUAGUCAUAUGUAUCAGCAGAAAAGCAACAAAAUGUUUAACCAAAUGAAUAGUCAAAUUAAUAACACCAAUAAUCAGAUUGGUCGGCACCUCGAUGGUCAGCUGCAUAGCGAAAGAGGAGGACUCCCAGGGAUGGACUUAAAACGGAUAAUUCCAAAUGAACAUUGGAAUCAUGAGAGAAACUCAAAAGGAUCACUCACUGUGGAAGAAGAAGAAGAUCUGUCUUUUGCAUCAUAUGAAAAAAAAAUGCACAACAAGAGAAGGAUCCUUACGGAGCAAGAUUACCUCUACAGGGGUAACCCCUUUUGUAAGAAUACCGAUCAAGACCUGUACCCACAAAUUAACUUCAGCAAUGCAGAUGAGGGUAGUGAUGCAUAUGAGGACCAGAACUAUUAUAGCCGCGUUAGUAAACACCACAAUGGAGGUGCUUUUAACGUGGGAGAAUAUGUAAUUGAAGGAGAGUCCUUUGUUUCUGACGCUAGCGCUGCAAAGUAUGGAACCCAUCGCGGGAAAAUCACCCGAGGUGGAAGCAAAGGGUACAACUCAAGUGAUAGCUGUAGAAGCAGAAAUUCAAAAAGGAGGAAAACGAGAAAUGAUAAUGAACCAAAUUAUGAUCACCUUAAAAGGAAGAACAAAUUAAUUAACCUCUUUAAUCGUAAUAUGGAGUGGGAAACUAAUAAGUUCGGUGAUGGCAUGGACAAGGUGAAGGCUCAAUCGGAGAUCAACGCAGACGGUGUGCGCAGACGAUCUGCCUUUGAAACGGAUGACCACACAGGUCUACGCUUCGAUGAAUAUGCAUUCGGAGGUCAAACUGUAAACUAUACAAAUGGAGAUAGUCUUAUGCACGACGAGGGACCGUGGGCGAAGUUCGGCCAUGAAAGUGGUCAAGUGGGUACGGUCGAAGCGGUGGAAGUGAUUGAUGUGGAUGAAGUCAUCCAAGCGGCACGUGUAGUUGAAGUGCCGGACGUAAUCGAAGUGACAGACGUGACAAACGUGGUAGACCCGACCAAACCGGAGGAACCUCCUGACAAGAGAGCGGAUGCAGGGGAGGUGUACAACCCCUUCAGCGACCAGAAGCUAAUGUAUUUGAAAAAAAAAUUAAUGCAGAUGGAUUUAUUUAAAAAGAAUCAAAAACGGAAAAAUGAAGAGGAUGGCAUAAACCAUGGCGACUUGAAAACAGAUGCCAGCGAACAAGCAAACGAAAUGGAGAAAAGGAUGGUCCCUAUGGAAGUAGCCAAUGGGUUGCAUGAAGAGGUCGAAUUCGUGUCUCACACAGAAAAGGGGGACACGUUACAGAAUGGUCCACAAUCAACUUGUAAAACGGGCAGGUUCAUGUUUGUAGAGGAAAGGCAAGCAACGGUAGUUGGUGGAAGCACUGGCGAUGCGUAUGUUAGUUACAAUGCAAAGGACCACUGGAAACGGCCAGCUAGCCAAAACGACAGAAGCAGGGAAAUUUACCCAAACGGAGAUAGGAACAGUGCAAAUGAAUCCAAAGACUUUGUGUCAAUGUUUCAUAAACUGGUUCCCACAGAAGGCAAAAAUGGACAAAGCGAACAUAAGGGGCAAAAUAAUGUACCUCAUUAUUGUGGCAACAUCGGUGAAGACAAAGUAGCCGACAAUUUUUGCCUCAGUGAGAAGUCCACUUUCCUUCAUGAUGGUGACCAGCGGAACGUGGACCCAGGAGGAGACAACGUAGAUAUGUUUAGACAUUUUUUUUUUUUAAAAGACGAAAUGAAGGGUUCGGAAAAUGUGGAGGACAUGAAUAGCAUGGAUAAUACAAGUAAUGAUCAAAACGAAGUAGAAAACAAUUGGAACCGAUGGAAAGAACAAAGUAUAUAUCCUAGUGCUAGCGAAACAACAUAUGACAAUUGCGGACACAGGAAAAAUGCGCAGCUCACGAAUUCUUUUACCAUUGACCAAAUUUGUGACUACACGGUGGAUUAUUAUCACCAAAUGAGCGAAUCAAAGGAGGCGGCAAACGGCCCCAACACCAACGUAUCAGGAGUGCUCAAUGGGAAUAACCAAAUGAAUUCUUAA